AUGAGUGAAGAGGAUAACCAUUACUGCCGGUUAUGUGCCGAGCCUACGCCAAAAUCUCAGCUUAUAUCGCCCGAAGAAGACGUCGCUAUCACUUCAAAAGUGGCUACGAAAUUACUGUGGAUAAACAUUGAUAUAUCUUUACCAAAUUCCCUCCCUAAUACUAUAUGUUUCGCCUGCUUCGAUAUGCUAGAGAGGACUUGGUCGUUCCUACAUAAUACGCGUUCUGCUCAAGACAAACUGUAUACAAUAUUUCUUACAAAAGACACGACACUAAAGAACCAAACAACGACAGGUAACGUUGGAAAACCUGUGGACGAGAACUGGGAAGUUUUUCAAGAACUCAAGAAGGAGAUAAAGUUGGAAGUGGUAGAUGAUUCAAAGCAAGUCAAAUCUGAAAAUGAUAGCGAUACGGAUUUAUUAUUUCUGCGCCCAGAUUACGACACCACCAAUUCAACGGACAGUGACGUACCUUUGAUCACUUCGAAGAGAAAAAAGUUGAAAACUAAGAAAGAAUUCUCUUCAAAGAAGUUUAAAGUAGAAAAACCCAUAAAUCCACCUCCGGAUACAGUGACCUGGGAUGAACAGAUGUGUCGCUGUGCCAAGUGCGAUGCGCAGUGUGAGAACAUAUCAUCCCUCCAACUUCACUCAAUGCAGAUACACAAUCGGUGCUGCGUCUACAAAUGCCUGGACUGUGAUAAAAUUCUUACCUCAUUCAAAGCAUUCAUCAAACAUGUCAGAACACAUAAAGAAUUGCUCCGCUAUUGCUGUGAAUUUUGCAACACCCUUUUCACUUUGACAACUAACUUGAAGGUGCACAGAAACAAAGAUCAUGCUGGUAUAUUCCUAACGAAAUGUAGGAGUUGCGGAGCUGAGUUUGAUAGUCCAGAACAGUUGCAAGAGCACAAAUUAGUCUUCAGUAAGCGUCCAAAACGUUUGACAACACAGGAGGUCUAUGAUCUUAAAUGUAAAGAUUGUAAUAAAGAGUUCAAGUCACGGAGCAACCUACAGCAACACAGGCAGGUUCACAAGGAACGUACUAGAGAUUAUUCGUGUCACAUAUGUGGCAAAAUGUUCUUUACAAAGGGUACUUUAGGCACACACAUGCUGAUCCAUGAGGACAGCAAACCAUUUAAGUGUCCGUAUUGUACUUUAUCAUUCAGAGCAAGAGGUAAUCUUACGUCUCACAUAAGUUUACAUUCCGGUGUCAAACCGUUUGUCUGUGAACAGUGUGGGAAGAGCUUCAGAGUCAAACGACAUUUGAAAUCCCACUCAAUAGUCCAUACGGACUUAAUGCCAUAUGUCUGUGAGUACUGUAACAAAACGUUUAGGUUUAAGACGAGAUUAAAUCUACACUUAAGGCAGCAUACGGGAGCUAAGCCAUACAAAUGUUUGUUCUGCCAGAGAGAUUUUACCAAUGGCUCUAAUUUUAAGAAACACAUGAAGCGGAGACACGGUAUAGAUACUUCUAAGAAUAAGACAUAUCAAGAUCUUGUGGAGUUAGAUGAAAUAGAGGCGAUUAACGGAGAUGAGAAAAAUUUGUAG